ACAUUGGCAGAGUUUUUCACUGGUUGAUUUUCUGGGAAAUCGGAAAUGUAUUAUUCUCAUAUUCACACUUUAACACGGACUCUUCUCAACAAACCAAAAACACUGCGUCGAAGUCAUGGCCGUGUUUUCGUUGCCUACUAUCAAGCAUACCACUUUCAGUGUUAGCUAGGCUAGCCUCGUCUGCCUUAAUUUCUCACAUACCGUGUCACCUGUUGACGCCGACAGAUCACUGUUUUGUCAUUUCGAGUCAAAGACAAAUACUGGGGAUAGGUUCGAAGCAGACGAGAUACAGACCGGACAAAUGUUUCAAGAGACUUACGCGAUUGAACGGGACACGAAGUAACUACAGUCAUUCUUAUUUAUUUUUUUAGCACCGAGUAAUUCAUAAAAUUGUGGACCAACUCGACUUUUCAUCUACCAACGUGUCCAUAUUCAUAAGGGACUUUCCACGGGGUUGUCAAGCCAUCAAGAACAGCACCAUCUUUCAACUGAAUCCUAUAACCCCUUUCCAGUUGACCAAAACCCAGAGAAGACCUUUGGAAACUGUUGCUGGUACCCUUCCCUAAGCAGAAAAAGUGUCAAUGAGAAAUGCCCAGACACAAUGUUGACAGCCCCAGGAGCCAAUGGGAACCGGCUCUGCGACUGCCAUGGGUCGCCAGAUUGACUGGAGGGCAGAGUCCUGCCUCAUCAGGGGCAGAAUCGGACACAGAGAGCAGCAGUACCGAGAGUGAGCCCCACACUCAAAAUUCAGAGAUGGGAUGUUUGAAGAUGGUGUUGCCCUCCAUGCUCCAAACGCGUAUUGCAGAGAUCGACCAGCAGAGGGAGGAGCUUAAGAUAGAGCUGCAGCUGGAGAUUGCUCUGCUUCAGGGAGAGCUGCAGACUGAACAGGACCAGCUACACAGACAUGAAGAGCAGCUGAAAGCGCUGCAGGGGGAAGCCAGACUCAGGGAGUCCACACACAGACAGCAGGAACAAGCUUUACUGGAGAAGGAGAGGGCACGGAUAGAGGAGAUGAGUAGGAGAUGUGAGGAGAAGGAGAAGCUAAUCCUUGGUCAUCCAGAAAGCCAGAGAGAACAGCUACUGCUGGAACUGCAACAGGAAAAAGAUAUUAUGGAUGCUGCAGCAAGGGCAUUUGAGGACUGGGAGUUUCGUGUCCUUGAACAAGAGAGUGGGGUAGAGGAGGUGGAUGGAGGAAUGAAGAAAGAGAGAGAUAGUGGAGGAGAAAUGCAAAGAGAGAUAUUAUACCAACAGCAUGCUGUCAACAAUGCACAGGAGCGGGUUCAGCAGCUACAAAUACAGCUGACAGAGAUGGAGGAAGAAAAGGAUCGAGAAAUGACUGACUUAAAAAAUGAAAGACGAAAACUGCUCCACAAGACUCAAAGGCUGCAGGAACCAUACAAGGAAUCUGGAAGUUUACCCAGGAAAUGGAGCACACAUCGCAACAACAAACUCAAUGACAGGCCACUUUCAGUGCAAGGAUUUGUGAGAAUGGUACCAGAUAGCCAGGAGGCCCUCACUCCCACCCUCCCCUCCCACAGACACAGCAACAGGCACAGCAUUGGGCCGAGCAACUUGCACAGCAACAGACAUAGAUCAGGGCCCAGCAAUGUCAGUGGUCUCCUUACCCCCUCUAACAGUGCCAGUAGCUCCCGUGCUGCCAGGAGGAUGAUGAUGAAGGUGUCCGGUGAUGACGGUAUGUCUUUCCCCCUCAGCCCGUGUCGGGAUGUUCUGGACCUUGCAGAGAUUGAGAAAAGGCUGAAGGAGGCCAAGGUAGAGAGAGAGAGGCUGCUCAAAGAGAGGGAGGAGAGGCAGAAGUUGCUAAAUGAGAAGAAGAGGGAACAGAGGGAGGUGGACUCACCAGCUAGAACAGAGCCAGCAGAACGCCAGACUAAGCCUGAGGAGCAGCUGAUAUCCAGCCCUGUAGCUAACUCCCUGGAGCCUCCCCAGAAGAGCCUCCCUCUUUUCCUCUCGCCAAACUUUGACCUCAGAGCCCACGUGGAGUCUCUGGGUCAUGGUGUGACAGGGUGUUCGAGUCUUCGGAUGACCCCUCGGCUCUGCGCAGGCUUCCUGACCAAAAGAGGUGGACGUGUGAAGACAUGGAAGAGGAGGUGGUUCCUUUUUGACAUGGACCACAGGCGACUAGCCUACUACACAGACUGUGAUGAAAGGAAACUAAAAGGAGUGAUCUAUUUCCAGGCCAUAGAGGAGGUGUACUACGACCAUUUACGGACAGCCACAACAUCACCAAGGCCCAGUGAGACGUUCUGUGUGAAGACCUAUGAGCGACUCUUCUUCAUGGUAGCUCCCAACUCGGAAGCCAUGAGGAUCUGGAUAGACGUAAUAGUCACAGCGACAGAUGAACACAGCCGCUACUGACGCUAAUCAACCCGCACUCCAUUGUAUCACUGAGAGUUUUUAUUUACCUGACCUUACGUGUGGACCCUUCGACCUUCUAUUUAAUAACCUCCCCCCAACAUGCAGCCAUUUUGUACUGAAUGUGAUACAUAAUAUUGAAGACAUUAAGAUGUAUGAGUACUAGAAACCAACCUUGCUGAGAUGUUGAAAACUAAACUACAAUCUUGGUUGGAGUUGGCCAUAUGAAGUGACAUAUGAAAACAUUUUGUUCAUGCAUUCACACAAUUUUAUAUGUUAUUAAAUAAAUGAAAUAAAUU